GUAUAGAUCAUUCUCGUUUCCAAGCUGAACCAUGCCCUCUCAUAUGAACGAUAGGUUGUUAUGGCUAUGUCUAGGUGUUUCUCUUUUCUUCGCUGUUCGCGGCAUAGUCACGGACCUCCGCCGAGUGCGAGAUCUGACGGAGAUUAAGCAUGUCGAGAAGGAAGAUAAGAUGAUCAGUGAAGGCACGGAGGAUGCCCUCAAACUGGACACAUUACUCAAGCUCUCUGAAAGCACAAGUUACGACCUCCGGGCAGCUGCUUUGCGUAUUAUCGCCGAGAGAUCUACAAAGGGAGAAACUAGAGAUUUGCUUCUGAGGGACCUUGCGAGUACGAAUACAGAGAGACGAAGCAAAGCCCUCAGUGCGAUGUACUUCUUAGUAUCAAAUCGCUUACUUUCUCGGACCUCCGUAUGUGCCAGACUGAAAGAUCCGCCCACAUACAACGCUCUUGUCGACUGUCUCUGCAAUUUCCUCAACGAACAUACCGAAGAGACCUCCACCACAGUAUCACCUAUUUUACCCAAAACUAGACCUCUCGAGGAGAAGAAGGCGCUUGGUACACUGAACCUGGUUCUUCCAGAAAAUGUGCCCGCAGCUCUGGAGGCUGGCGUCGUUAGUCGUUGGCUCUCAAAAUAUCCAUUUCCUUGCGCGCUUUCGGAGCCGUCGCGCCGGCAAGACGUAGUGAUACUCAUGAAGACCUGGUGGUCCGAUGAUACCCUUAUGAGUUCAAUAUUUAGCACCCUCUCUUCUCAUCCGGAGGGCACGAAGCAAUUACGCAAAUAUGGUCUAAUGGGUAGCAUGAUUGAGGAAAACGACCAGGAUGAUGAUGAUGAUGACAGUGACAUAUGGAUGGUAGAUGGUGAUGAUACUGCCGGCUCGAGUCGAGUCCCCGGGAGGCGCCUGCGGGAACGGAGUGCUGAGGAGCAGGCUGUAAGGAGACGAAGGAGAGAGGCUAUGGUGUUGAGUGAUGGGGGACGACCACUUGGUCACGACGAUAUCAUACAACUACCUAUCUCCGAAUGAUUGACAAGUUUCCUGUUAUAGUCUCCAUCGUGAGAGGAAUGGACUUCAUCUACUCGAUGGCUGCACUAUGUGAUUGUUGUGGCGAUUAGUUCAUUUUGCUUUAUGAUACCCUUUUGUCCUGAUAUUACAUAGCCCGUUUCGUCAAUGUUCUUAAAUGUACAAUUAUGAUGGUAUUCACAGUCCAAUCCAAGCUGAUUUAGCAGCGUGAUCCACCUUCUUCCGACUGCUUUUAAGCAUACCAAGCGCCUUGAGUUCUGAUAACGCCCGAUAGAACAAUGUCAUAGUCAUACGUUCAUCGUAAGCGUCACCUUGCUCACUCUCGAACACCGCAUAAAAAGCUUGCCAAAGGUCGUAAACGUUCACCAGUGCCCCGGACUCGAGAUAUAGCUGAUAUAAGAUAGCCGUGGCUGGCUGUCGCGCGGAAAUCUUAGCAUCCGUCCUAUCCGACAUUGAUAUCAAGUAGUCGAAAGGAUUGGCUAAGGCACGUUCGAUCGCGAAACGUGGCCUAGGG